GAGGAAAAGGGCCGGAGAUCCCCCCACAGGAGGGGCUCCAAAGCCAGCCCAGGGUGCUCUGAGGAGGAAAGAGCCAGCCUGUGCCGGGAAGGCAGCCUGAGCUUGAGGGGGAGCUCUGACCUGGUGGUCCCUGAGCAGCCUCCCAGCAGAGAGAAGCCCUUCCAGUGCUUGGAAUGUGGGAAGAGCUUCAGGAAAAGCUCCAACCUGAUUAGACACCAGCACAUCCACACCGGGGAGCGGCCCUACAGGUGUGGGGAAUGUGGGAAGAGCUUCAGUGAUAACUCGGGUUUGAUCCAACACCAGCGCAUCCACACUGGGGAACGGCCCUACCCGUGUGGGGAAUGUGGGAAGAGCUUCCGCUGUAGCUCCCACCUCCUCACCCACCAGCAGAUCCACACGGGGGAACGACCCUACACGUGUAGGGAAUGUGGGAAGAGCUUCAGCUUCUGCUCCAACCUCCGCACCCACAAGCGCAUCCACACUGGGGAACGGCCUUAUUCUUGUAAGGAAUGUGGGAAGAGCUUCAGCCGAAACUCCCACCUCCUUUCCCACCAGCACAUCCACUCUGGGGAGCUGCCCUACACAUGUGCGGAAUGUGGAAAGAGCUUCAGGAAGAGCUUCCACCUCCUCACCCACCAGCACACGCACACUGGGGAACGGCCCUACAAGUGUGGGGAAUGUGGGAAGAGCUUCAGGCAGAGCUCCAACCUGAUCCAACACCAGCGCAUCCACAGUGGGGAACGGCCCUACAAGUGUGGGGAAUGUGGGAAGAGCUUCAGGCAGCAAUCCGGCCUGCUCACCCACCAGCGCAUCCACACUGGAGAACGGCCCUACAAGUGCUUGCAAUGUGGGAAGAGGUUUCCGACCAGCUCCAAUCUCCUCCUGCACGAGCGGACGCACACGGAUGAGAGGCCCUUCCGCUGCACCGACUGCGGGAAGGGCUUCAAGCAGAACUCCACCCUCGUCACCCACCGGCGCAUCCACACCGGGGAGAGGCCCUACAAGUGUGGGGAGUGUGGGAAGAGCUUCACCCACAGCUCUGCCUUGACCAGACACCAACGCAUCCACACUGGGGAACGUCCUUACACGUGUGGGGAAUGUGGAAAGAGCUUCAGACAGAGCUCCCAUCUGAUCCGACACCAGCGCAUCCACACUGGGGAACGGCCAUACACAUGUGGGGAAUGUGGGAAGAGGUUUCAGACCAGCUGGAAUCUCCUUGUGCACCAGCGGACGCACACGGAUGAGAGGCCCUUCCGCUGCACUGACUGCGGGAAGGGUUUCAGUCAGAACUCCACCCUCAUCACCCACCGGCGCAUCCACACAGGGGAGAGGCCCUACAAGUGUGGGGAGUGUGGGAAGAGCUUCACCCACAGCUCUAACUUUACCAGACACCAACGGACCCACCAGUAA